UUUCUGUAAUAUUUCGGUCGAGGGAACCAGUGGGGCUGCUGACUUCCGGGUUUGACUGACAUACGUCACCCCUGCAAAAUACCGGGGACGACCUUGGUCUUCAUUAGAAGUUACUGAUGAUCGUUUUGCAGAGUGUGUGAGGAUUGAGGUCUCCCUAUAAUCGGGUUGUCGUGGAUACGUGAUGUGUCUUUAUUAGAGGGGAUCCGUACACGGGUGACGUCUACUCUCGGUGUCCCGCUGCGGAAGUUAAAGGUUACAGAAUACACCGCGGUCGCAGCAGGAAGCCUCUGAAGGAGCAGCAUGCCGGGACACCAACCUGGGAACUCCAUCCUCCGCGACGGGUCCAGACCGUGGUCGGGGGUCGUGCUGUCGGUGCUGGGCUCAACGUUGGCCGUUGCCGCUGUAGGUUUUUUCUGUGCGCUCAUCUACCCGAUCCUCAGAGAGCUGAGGGCAGAUUGGACUGAAGACAGAAUCCUGGGUUUCUGGAGUAUCCUGGUGCUGUCAUUGUUAGUGGGAUGUAUCUGCUGUGUCUUCUCAUGUGCCCUCACCUGCCUUGACUCGUAUCCGAUUACCAUGGUGACACCAACCCACUUGAGAGCUCUAUCGGACCAGGACGUCCACCUGGGUUAUGGUGUUGCUGUUGUUAAUGGCCUCAUGGCGAUGCUCACUGUCAUCUGGAGCCUCACCUGACCCUCAGGAGAAGGGCUCGGGUGCUUAGUUAGGUAUCUGAUACUUGGCAGCGAUCAACAUAUGGUGCUGUAAAGACAUCUGUUAUUAAUUCUCAUAUGGGAUUGUAGUCUUCUAUGUACAGGAGCACUGGACACACCAGUUCUACCAACACUUGCUAUGUUCACACUACAAGUAACAAAACUAGGUGAAACUAAUUAUUUGAUUGAUUGAGGCUUUACCAUGUUAGACAGCAACGCGCUUCUGUUUACUUCCAAUGUCUCUUCAUAGUUUCUUCAGUACACUCCAAAUAUCAAACCAUAUGCAAAGGAACAGACUGAGGCUGAAAGGUUGUGAAGGUCGUCUUCUGACCUUCCACCCAGCAAGCAUCGCAUCUAUUUAGGCUCUAAGAUCCCCUCCACUGUUCUUCUUUUCUGGCUGAGGUGAUAAUGAAUUUGCAGAUUGCUACAUGUUUGCAC